AUGGACGUCAUUCCGAUGGUUGCGAAGGAGAUUGUGUCCCGUCUCCAAAAGCAGGCCGCCUUCCCUAACUCAAACACCACCGACCCUCCCACUUUGAACGGCACCGGGCACAGUCCCGUGAUCUGCACGGUCGGGCUCGCGGAGGUGCUCCUGCGGAUUUGGCUGCUCGGCUCCCCUCACACCGACGCGAUGGGGAACGUCGGCCAGAGCGUUGAGGCCAUCGAGGCGUUGGUGGACGAGCUGGUUGGCUUUCUCCUCUCCAGUAGUGCGCCAUCGCUGGCGUGUUUACGGCUCCAAUCCGCGCGCGACGCCCUGAAAGGGGAGCUGUUGGGCCAACGGCGGACGGAGAUGGUGAAGAAAGAGGCCUUGAUGCUGUACUUCACCAAACGGGUCCUCCGCUAUGGGCCGAGCUGUGCCUCAGACGAGGUGCUGGGGGACAUCCUCCUGCUUAUUUUACAUCGCUACGACCGUGUGAGGGGGGUGGACGAGGCCACGGGGCUGGCCCACCGCCGGGACACCCUCGCGGCGCUUUCCCUUGUCCUGCCCCGGCGAAAAGUCCCGGGCUUCAUUCGGCUCGACGCCGUUGAGCGGCGGCGGCAGCUGGAGGAGAUCGCGCGGGUGGUGUGGGGAAUUCGACUCUUUAACAGGGAAGAGGGUCGGGAGGAGGGUGUGGGGCUGCCUGACCCCCGUGAAGGCCUCGAGGGUCCGUUGGACACUCUGAAAAGGACUAGCGAAGACGGCCUGGCGAGGCUGCGCGCGCGGAUGACACCGCUGCUGGCUGUGAUGGAGCGCCCGACAAGCGUCCUCCCAGGGGAAGAGCAGCGCCGGCUCCGCGAGGAGUAUCACCACCUCCAGCAGAUUCGACAUAUCUUUCUCGCCGUGCGUGGCCUUCAGCGGGGACUUUCCGUCGCCGUCAAGAACGAGGUCUUUGCGCGAUUUGUCACCGCGUUGAGGGAGCUUCGGAAGCGCUUCGCCGCGAAAUCUGGUAGAGAUAAGGCCAACGGGGAGGUCCGAAUUAGCGAGGGGACGACUGGGGGCAUUACGAGCGCUAGCGAUACGCUCGUUGGUGUUGGCAGCGGCCCCCCUUCCGUCCUCAAAGAGGUGGUGUAUCCGAUGUUUAUGGCCCUGGCGGACGCCUCGACGGCCGCCCGGCGGCUUUCGCUCGAGCUUGAGGAGGCCGGGCGUCUUUUAGAGCUCGCCCUUCACUCCGAGGACGAAUCCCCGUCGACGCUGCCGGAGGAGCUCGCGGAGGAGGCGAUGCCGCAUAUCGCGAGGGAAAAGCCCUCCCGCGGCUUCGACAUCAUCCGCGCCGAGGUGGAGGGCGUUUUAAACGACGAAACCAGCCCGACAAGCCGCGCGUUGAAGGAGGCGGGGCUGCAGAUGAAGUAUUUGACCUCGCUGCCAGAUGAGUUUGACGCCAUCACGCGGGAGUGUUACCCCGAAUCACUCUGCGCUCUGCGGGGGUUCUGCCCGGUGCGGUUUGCGCAAACGGGUUUGCUGCGGGAGGCGCGGGUCCCGCGCUAUCCGGCUUCUUCAUCUCUUUCCAACGCGAAUGACAUAAAUGAGAAUGGUGAUACGGACGCGGAUGACAAGGUCGGGGCGGGGCUGCUCGUCGUGGAGGGCAGGUUCGGCGGCUUGGCGUUGGCGAGGCCGCAGUAUUUCGCCUUUCGCGAUGAACCCGCCCUCCUCGCCUUCGUGGCGGACCCCUUACGCUACCUCCGCGCCGCCUUCCGUGGGGAAUACGAGAUUGUGGAUUUGCCGAACGUCCCGAAAUCCACUCCCAACGCUCAGGAGAAGUCUUUUUCGUUGGGCUCCAGCGGCGCUUCUCGUGAGCCCGCGGCGAUGCUGCUCGCCGGGCUUUUGGAUUACGCCCCGCGGGAGCUCUACAUCGCCGGCGCGCGGAUGAUCGAGGCUGGGUCUUCUGCUCUUUCCUCCCGCGCAGAAGGGACGAUGGACGAGACGAAAUCCAAAUGUGUGGAUGCGGGUACGCAGACCGGACAGAUCGACCCUUACUUCGAUCACAAUUAUUACUGGAAUGAGUGGGAUCUCCGACGCCAGGCGCUGAAGCUCGUGAAUUUGCUGAAUAUGCGAACCCAUUUCACCCAAACGACGGCGUCCCGAUUUCGUCGGGAGAACGCUACACAGGCGAGUCCGCCGAAGACGUCAGCCACGCAGACGAUGAUCGAUGCGGCCACACAGCCCCUUCAAACAGUGCAAUACCUCAAAGGAUUGCGCGGGACGGCUUCCUCGGAGGUUAAACAAGUCCAACGCACUUUCCAAUACUAA